AUGCCUGCAGAAGUUAUAAGCGAACCAAAUCCACAAGCUCUGUCGUCGCAUCUGCCAGACUAUCUUGAGAAAUUGAGCGUCAGCUUGGAACGUGAGAAACUAGAUGAAAAGACCUACGAUGCCUUGCUCAAGUUCCGCCGAGCGGCUUGUUACAUUGCGGCAGCUAUGAUAUUUCUGCAAGAAAAUACUCUUUUGAACAUCCCCGAAGUCUUCAAGUCGGUCAUCAUGACUGAUAUCAUACUCUCAGGUCACUGGGGAACAUGUCCGGGCCUAAUCUUUGUUUACUCUCAUUUGAACUACCUGAUCCGGACGAUGAACCUGGACAUGUUGUACGUUGUCGGUCCAGGACAUGGUGCACCGGCAAUACUAGCCGCGCUAUGGCUGGAGGGUUCGCUGGAGAAAUUUUAUCCCCAGUAUUCGCGAGACGAAAAAGGCCUACACAGAUUGAUCUCGACCUUUAGUACCACAGGUGGCUUUCCCAGCCACAUCAAUUCCGAGACCCCCGGUGCUAUCCAUGAAGGUGGAGAACUGGGAUACGCUCUAGCAGUGUCCUUUGGGGCUGUCAUGGAUAACCCUGAUCUGAUAGUGACUUGUAUCGUUGGGGACGGGGAGGCUGAAAGCGGUCCCACUGCUACGUCUUGGCAUGCGAUUAAGUACAUUGAUCCAAAGGAGUCCGGUGCAGUUUUGCCAAUUCUGCAUUUGAAUGGAUUCAAGAUCAGCGAGCGCACUAUCUUCGGGUGCAUGGACCACAAAGAGCUUGUGACUCUCUUCAGUGGAUACGGGUACCAGGUUCGCUUUGUGGAGGAUAACAACGAUAUUGACGCAGAUUUGCACACCUCUAUGGUCUGGGCCGUCAAUGAAAUUCAGAGGAUCCAGAAGGCUGCCCGUUCUGGGAAGCCGAUUAUGAAGCCAAGGUGGCCGAUGCUGAUUCUGCGUACUUCCAAGGGCUGGACUGGGCCCAAGCAGCUUCAUGGCAAGUUUCUUGAGGGCUCAUACCAUUCGCACCAGGUGCCAUUGCCAAAAGCAAAGACCGACAAGGAACAACUAGAUCUGCUGCAGAAGUGGCUGUCUAGUUAUAAGCCAGAAGAGCUGUUCACUUCGAACGGUGAUGUAAUUGAUGAGAUCAAGUCUGUGAUACCCACAGAAGACAAAAAGAAGCUUGGCCAGCGCAUCGAAGUCUACGACAGUUAUACACCACCGAAUCUGCCGGAUUGGAAGCCCUUCUGCGCGGAGAAAGGCUCUCAAGAAAGCGCUAUGAAAGCAGCUGGCACCUUCAUUAAUCAGACAUUCAAGGACAACCCGAAUAGCGUGCGACUGUUCUCACCAGAUGAGCUGGAAAGCAACAAACUCGAUGCGGUAUUUGAAGGCACGAACCGCAAUUUCCAAUGGGACGAGUUCGCCAACGCCCGCGGCGGCCGUGUAAUUGAAGUCCUUAGCGAGCAUAUGUGUCAAGGAUUCAUGCAGGGUUAUACCUUGACUGGGCGCAUUGGUAUUUUCCCGUCUUAUGAGAGCUUCCUCGGCAUCAUUCAUACGAUGAUGGUGCAGUAUGCCAAGUUCAUCAAGAUGGGACUGGAAACAACUUGGCACUCCGGCGUCAGUAGUGUGAACUACAUCGAAUCGAGCACCUGGGCACGCCAGGAACACAACGGCUUCUCUCACCAGAACCCAUCCUUCAUCGACGCUGUACUAAAACUGAAGCCUAAUGCAGCUCGGGUUUACUUGCCACCAGAUGCGAAUACUUUCCUGACAACCAUUCACCAUUGUUUAAAAUCAAAGAACUACAUCAACCUGAUGAGGCGGAAAGCCACUGUCGCGCAGGAGCAUCCAUUUGGGAAGUUCUGCAGCACGGACGAUGGAACUAAUCCAGAUGUCGUGCUGGUCGGUAUUGGUGUUGAGGUGAUGUUCGAAGUAAUUGCGGCAGCGGCGCUUCUGCGUAAGCUCAUCCCAGAGCUUCGUGUCUGUGUCAUUAACGUGACGGACCUGAUGAUUCUUGAUAACGAGGGUGCGCAUCCGCAUGCCCUGUCCAACGAGGCAUUCGAUGGUCUCUUCACUUCCGACAAGCCCAUUCACUUCAAUUACCAUGGCUAUCCAGCUGAGCUGCAGGGCUUGCUCUUUGGUCGUCCCCGCCUUGAUCGCGUCAGUGUCGCCGGCUAUAUCGAAGAGGGUAGCACCACCACGCCUUUCGAUAUGAUGCUUGUCAACCGUGUCUCGCGUUUCCAUGUCGCCCAGCAUGCUAUUCGUGGUGCUGCCAAGGUAAAUGAGAAGGUCAGGGUGUAUCAGCAGGAGCUGAAUGCUCAGCUUGAGGAGAGUAUGAUCAGCACAAGGAAGUAUAUUGUGGAAAACCGGGAUGAUCCCGAGGGCAUUUAUGACAUGCCACAAUUCCACAGCUUCCACAAGCCGGCUGAGUCUGAGACAUUCUGGAAUAUUGCCCAGUAG